UCCCUUCGCUCUCUCGUUGGUUUCGUCCGGUGCGGCCCAUAGCGACGGCGGCCGCGCUGGGGGAAGAUGGCGGCUCCGGCCUGGGCGCCGCGGCCGGCUCCGUGAUCGCCGCGCGCCCCGUCCCCUCCCCGCGCCCCGUGCCUCCCCGCGCCCCGAGCAUGUCUGACUCGGAUGAGGAGGAGAGCCCGGACCGCCAACUCAAGCUCGUGGUGCUGGGGGACGGCACCGCAGGCAAGACAUCCUUAGCCAUGCGUUUUGCCCAAGAAACAUUUGGAAAACAAUACAAACAAACCAUAGGACUGGAUUUCUACUUGAAAAGGAUCAUACUGCCAGGAAAUUUGAAUGUUACUCUUCAAGUGUGGGAUGUAGGGGGACAAACGAUAGGAGGCAAGAUGCUGGAUAAAUAUAUUUAUGGAGCUCAGGGUAUUCUUUUGGUGUAUGAUAUUACCAACUGCCAGAGCUUUGAAAAUUUAGAGGACUGGUAUAAUGUGGUUAAAAAAGUGACUGAAGAAUCAGAAAUGCAGCCACUUGUGGCCUUGGUUGGAAAUAAAAUUGACUUGGAGCAUAUGCGCACAGUGAAAGUUGACAAGCACCAGCGAUUUUGUCAGGAAAACAAUUUCAGUAGCCACUUUGUGUCAGCCAAGACAGGAGAUUCUGUUUUCCUGUGUUUUCAGAGAAUUGCUGCUGACAUCCUUGGCAUCAAGUUAAACAAAGCAGAAAUGGAACAAUCACAGCAUGUUGUCAGGGCAGAAAUAGUGAACUAUCCUGAAGAAGGUAACCAACAUCACAGCACUUCCAACUGCCAGAGCAAAGUCUGCUCAAUGCAGUAGUUCAGGUAUUGACAUAGCACUUGUUUGUUUUUUUUUCCAAGCUGCACUGCUUUUACGUGAAAUAAUGUCUACAGUAGGUUCUCUUAGAAGUAAUGUAUUUUAUAUCUGUAAGCAGCAAUUAUGCUUAGUAUAUUAAUUUGAAGUUUUGUGUACGCUUAUGAGGCAUUUCUAAUAACUCCUUAGUUCAUAGAAACUUUGUAAUACUUCGUGUUAUAGUAUUAAGAAGGGCUUUCAGUGUUGUAAAAUUCAAAAUGUUACAUUGCUGCCUAAAAUGAAAAUGGACAGAAGACUGGAAUCUCUUAUCUCUCUCCCCAUGUAGGAGAGACCAACAGUUCUGUUAAAUGCUUUGUAAAUAGAACGGGUAAUAUCUGUUAGAUUUUUAAACAGAAAAUGAAUAUUUAUGUUAUACAGAAGUUCUUUUUAUGUUAAUUCAGUCUUUGGUCUGUAUGCCUAGUUAAGCUUUUUUUGAAGGAUGUUUGUAUUUGAAUUUGCUUUGAAUUCUGUCUGUAUUUUCCUCUGAAUUGCUUAAAGAGGCAAAGAUGAACUACCUACAAUUUCUGGUUAAGAUAGGCAGUUAUUCUGAAAGAACGCAUGCCAUAGUGUUUGUAAAAUUCUGUUUUAUUAUUUACAUACGAAACAGCUCUCGUGGAGGAAAAACUAUUUUCACUGAUUUUUGCAUUGCUGCUUUGUAUUAGCCCUGUAAAACUGUAAAGAAAACUUGCCAAGGCACUUCCUUCCCUUCAGUAUGAGUAGACUUAUUUAGAUUGAGAAAAUAGCACCUGAUCAGACUUCCUGUAAGAUACUGAAGAAAACUGAACAGUGUCUGUUUUGCACAAUUUCUUUUUUUCCUCUCUAUGUUUCAUAGUAAAUUAUCUGUUGAGCAGUUUGCCAGCAUCAGUAUUGUAUUUUGAUUCUGAUUAUUGCUGUGUUUUUU